CACACCAGCGGCAUUGCAUCUGUUUAUUACGCUAAUAACGUUUUCUUCGCCGUAUUUGUCCUGGGAAAGUUCCUGAAGCAGGUGAAGUUUCCGAUGGGAUGUGAGACACCUGGUCGGUGUGAAACUGCGAGGCGUUUUGUCUCGACGUUUGCGAAGUGUGUCAUUUUGCAUUCGAAGCAAAGCUGCGCAACAACUGCGGUCGUGGAGAACUGAAGCAGCCGUUUAUUGAUUAUUCGGACACGCUGCGUCCGUAUCAUCUCGUCCCAUCCUUAGCAUCCGAAGCGACUGCAGUAAGUGAAAGCCUCACCCUCCGCAGAUCUUUCUAGCACGAGAAGUGUGCGAACCGGUCCCCCCACACCCUCCUCCCGCCUUCCUCUUGCAUCAGGUCAUCGUCGGUAUUCACUUCUCAAACGAAUGGAUGGGACAAAAACGCGGACGAACCGGUUCUGGCAACGCCUUCUGUACCUGUAGCGACUCGAGCGAGUCCUAUAUAAAGGGCACCAUAGCAACCUGGAUUCAGUGAUCAGAGACCACCACACAUCAGUGUGAGGGAGGCCCCGCGGUCGGUGACGGUGGCUGUAAAAGAAAAGGAGGGUGGCAUCGCACUCGUCGUCCGUCCGAGCUGUGCGCGACUCCGACUCCGCAGCCUCCGCGCGCUUGUUUCGGCGGAAGCCCGUCCGUCCUCGAAGAGAAGCAGGAAAGGCGCGUGGCGCGCGCGCGCGGUCCACCGGCAGCGGCAACAUCCAGCCCCAAGAUGAUGCAGAUCUCCGACUCCUACAACCAGAAGAACUCCCUGUUCCACGCCAUGAACCGCUUCAUCGGCGCCGUCAACAACAUGGACCAGACGGUGAUGGUGCCCAGCCUUCUGCGCGAUGUCCCCCUGGAGGUGGAGAAGGACGCCGACAGCGGCUCGCCCUCCUACUUCCACGACGGGAACAUGUACAGCUACUACGUGCUGCUGAAGUCCAUCAGGAACGACAUGGAGUGGGGGGUCCUUCAGGCCGACGACAGGCGCAAGGACAAGCUGGGCGUGACGGCGCUGGAGGCGGACGACGAGGACCUGGAGAAGCGCUUCCGCUUCCACCUGAUGGGGCUGCAGGCGGUGCUGUCCAAGCUGACGAGGAAGGCCCACACCCUGACCAACAGGUACAAGCAGGAGCUCGGCAUCGGAGGAUGGGGAUACUGAGGGCGAGCGAGGCGGCCCCGACCCCACCCGCCCCGCAUGGUCGGAUGGAGCCCACGGGGACAGGAGCCCCGAAGAGCCGGACGGGACGGUCGCGCUCCCGCGUCCCUUCAGCCUCCAGCGGCGACUCUUCCUCUGCUCGCACCUUUUGCUUUUACGACGGUCACAAUGUAGCGGUUUGCCGGGUUCGGCGCACGUGCGAUGCGCUGCACUACCUGUCAUGUAUGUACGUAGCCAUGGAAACAUGUUCCGAACGUCGAGGCGCGCGCUGUGUGUGUUUAAAGGGCUCAAGCGCCCCCCGCACCGCGCGCGCGGGUUAAACAUGAGCGCGUUCCGAACGACGUUCAAACAAAGCGAACCGUUUCUAACGUAACGGGUCAAAUGCUGUAGCGUUUCCUGAAAGCUGUGAUGGUGUAGCGCUCAACCGUUCGAUGUGCUCAAUGAUCAGUGACCUGGAAUCUUAUGAUGACUCUUGUCUGCCUUUCAAAGGAUCCAUGGAUUCCGCGAGAUCGCGUGAACGUUGUGUUUCAGCCGCACUUGAGCUUUUAUAUUCAUGCAUUCUUUUGUACUGAAAAUUAUUCUCCGCAGAAUAAAUGUUGCUUUCUUAAAUAUAAAAA